UAUAGAUGAGUCCUCUAUCUAUCUCUAUGGACACACCUGAGAAUUUUGUUUAAGUUAAAUUGUUGGCCUUUCUUGCGAAUGAAAACACCCAACAUUGCUGAGUGAUUUAAUCGCGUGAGGUACUCUCUUUACUUGGAUUUUAAACAAAGAACACAGAAAUAAGAUUAUAGCCUAUCUUGUUUGUUUUUCAGCAAAAUAUAUACGUAUUGCUAUAACCCGUGUUGUUUUUCGACUAUUGACCUAAUUUCAUGUCGCAUGUUCUGUGUGUGUAUAUGGAAUAUCGGUUUGUUUGAAAUUAAAUAAGACAUUUUGGAGACGGAAUGGGCGUUGAACCUUUGUCCAAAUAGUGUUUAUAGGAGUAAUUCACACGGAAACCGAGAAGAAACAUAAAACAACACUUGAGUGCAUUUACCUUCGUUGUGUCGUAGGCUAUUGUUCGGUAGGCUACGUCUUUCAAGUAACGGCAAUAAUGACGGUUCCGUGUAUUGGGUCAAUAUUAGGAUCCGCGCUGUUACUCUUGUCAAUAGUCUGCCAAGACAACGCACAGGUUACAAAUGGAGAAGGCUGCGCCGGGAAUUUCAAUGUGGGCAAUGUAAACUUUGUGCUAGACACUGAAGACUCUGUCAAAGUAGGAGCCAGUUUCAUCUCGUCCCCAACUGUAACCCAAGCUGAAGACUGUGUUGACUAUUGUUGCCAAGACCCCAAUUGCAACUUGGCUCUGAUUGAGAAUGGUGCAGAGAAAGGCUCGGUUAAAACAUGUUUUCUGUUUAAUUGCCUGUACAAGAGAGAGUAUGUCUGCAGGUUUGUGAACAAAGUGGGAUUCACAAAUUACAUUUUGGACUCCGUCUAUGAAGAUUACCUGGGAGGACCCGAAAGCACCCGUGGUAAGAUCAAGACUCGACUCACUCCAGUUCCAGGUGAUGAGGAUAAGUUCCCCACUGCCAAAGCGGGCCGGGACAUCGUGGUCCAACCCAACGACACUGUGACAUUGAAUGGCAUUGAGAGCUGGGAUGACAAAGUGAUAACUAGCUACAAGUGGAGCCUUGUGAAGGGGGACAGCACGGUGGAAAUUACGAAAACGGACCUGAAGGAUCAGGUGAUGCUGAGCAACCUGAAACCUGGGAUGUACGUCUUCCAGCUAAAGGUCACCGACUCCAGCAACCAAUCAGCCAUGGAUAAGGUCUCUGUCCUCGUCCUCACUCCAGAACAGUCUGAGGGUCACUGUCUGGUUCCCAAAAAGGUGGGUCACUGUCGAGGAGCCUUCCCUAGGUGGCACUACAAUGGUGCGUCAGAGAAGUGCGAGGAGUUCAUCUUCGGGGGCUGCAAGGGGAACCGCAACAACUACCUCUCCCUGCAGGAGUGCUCUGACGCCUGCCACGGCGUGUCAGCUGUGUCAGGAAGAAGUAUUGUCGUGCCUGACGGUGAGUUGACCCCCUGUAACUCCGGUCAGUUUACUUGUGACAACGGCUGCUGUCUGGAUGAAGACCUGGAGUGCGACACAGUGACUCAGUGCAGCGACGGCUCUGACGAGGCUUCCUGCGACAAACUGAACCAGACCUUCACUCGUCUGCUGAACAUUCAUGUGGACAAAAGCAGGGCCCGCUGCACCGAGCCCCCCAGGACGGGGCCAUGCCGCGCCAGCCACUCCCACUGGUACUAUGACCCGCUCAACAGGAAGUGCAAUCGCUUCACAUACGGUGGCUGUGACGGCAACGACAACAACUUUGACGUGGAGGAGAGCUGCAAAGAGACCUGCAAGGGCGUGACUGAACAUGAUGUGUUUGCAAGGGGAAUGUUUGAACGCUACGAGGAAGAGGAAAGUGAGUCCGGCUCCAUCGCUAUAGCUAUAGUGUUAUCGGUAGCCAUCAUGGCGGUGCUGGCUGCCCUGGGUUACUGCUUCCUGAAGCACAGGAAGGACCGUUCUCAGCACCAGCCCGUGGCCACCAACGUCCCCCAUGUGGCUUUCGAAGAACGAGACACCCUGGUCUACAACACCACCACCAAGCCUGUCUGAAACAAUUAGAACCUGCCUGGCUUUCAGGACCUUGGUUUAUUGUGUUCUUGCAUAUACACUGACCUAACCAGAGCAAGACCAGACCAAUAAAUACACACACUGACCUAACCAGAGCAAGACCAGACCAAUAAAUACACACACUGACCUAACCAGAGCAGGACCAGACCAAUAUAUACACACACUGACCUAACCAGAGCAAGACCAGACCAAUAAAUACACACACUGACCUAACCAGAGCAGGACCAGACCAAUAUAUACACACACUGACCUAACCAGAGCAAGACCAGACCAAUAAAUACACACACUGACCUAACCAGAGCAGGACCAGACCAAUAAAUACACACACUGACCUAACCAGAGCAGGACCAGACCAAUAAAUACACACACUGACCUAACCAGAGCAAGACCAGACUAAUAUAUACACACACUGACCUAACCAGAGCAAGACCAGACCAAUAUAUACACACAUCUCCCACACAGGUCUACAAACUCCAGAUGCAGUCAGUAAGUGAGGAAUUUAAGCAACAUUUCAUUUGAAUAGAGCUUUGGCUCUUGCUUGGGCUCCUCCUUGAACAACCGGUUUUUGCUUUCACAAAAUUUUGCAUUAAGGAGUUGAUGAUAUAUUAGCAUACUCUGUCACAACCAUUCUGCGGAGCUUGAGUGAACGAAAAGUAUGAGACAUGGGCACAAAUCCAAAUACUAUAACUGUGUGGGCUUUUAUAAGUGUGUUUUGUAUGGAACACAUUCUCAGGGGGGAAGAAUUCUGUACUAGGUUUUUCUUACAGAUUUUCUUAAGAUUUUUUUUUUUCUGAAACUUUUAUUUAUAAAAUGUGAUUGGUGCUGGGGAUGAUGUUUGCAUUAGCCGUUUGUUUUGUCAUAAAUUCAUAAGGAAUACCAGAUUUAAAUGUAGGUACCAAUAAGUGAACUAUGUACAUUUUUACUUACUGAAAUGAUUGUUACUAAUAUUAUGUACCAGGGUGUAUGUAUACUCAAUUGUUAUCAUACUGUAAUUGUUUCUUACUUUAAGUAACAACCAUGACCUAGAUCGUAAGGUAGGUGUCUGUUUUUUUUAAUGUUCUAUGUUUUUAUUUUAUUUUUCAUGUUUCCUUUUUAACUGUAAUAAAAUCGUAAUUCCUUAA